UCCAGAGACUCUCUCAACUCUGAGAUCUCAAACAGCUACGAUGUUUUUGGUGUUGUUUUCAGCGACUACUUGGACUUUGCUGGCUCUUUUUCUGGGCCUGAUAUUACUGUAUGGGAUCUGGCCAUACAGAUUUUUCAGUAAACUGGGGAUACCUGGGCCAAGAACUCUGCCAUUUCUAGGAACAACAAUGGGACAGCUGGGGGGAGUACUUGAGUUUGACCGAGCGUGUAAGGCCAAGUAUGGGGAUGUCUGGGGGUUGUUUGAUGGACGAAAACCGAUGCUGAUGGUGUCUGACCCCGAGAUGAUCAAAACUUUCAUGGUGAAGGAGUGCUAUAGUGUGUUUACCAACCGCAGGGACAUCUUCAACAUGAGAGGACUGAUGGAGCAUUCCGUUUCUUUAGCUAAAGAUGAGACUUGGAAAAGGAUUCGUGGCACCAUUUCUCCAUGCUUCACCAGUGGAAGACUGAAACAGGUUUUUCCCCUCGUUGCUACCUACGCUGACCGACUGGUUAAAAAACUGGAAAAAGCUAAUCUGGACGAACCGAUUGAGGUGAAAAAAUUUGUGGCACCGUACAGUUUGGAUUCUGUAACCAGUGUGGCUUUCAGUGUGGACAUCGACUCCAUAAACAACCCCAACGACCCAGUCAGCGUUCACGCCCAGAAUGCUAUUAAGUUCAGAAUGUGGACAGUAUUGCUCCAAUUGAUUUUCCCGUUUACCAAUCGUCUAUUGGAGUGGUUAAAUCUGGAACUGAUUCCCAGAGAAUGUCUCAACUUUUUCGCCAACCUCAUCAAGAAAUUUAAACAUGAGCAUCAGAUUAAAGGAUCAACUCGAUCAGACUUCCUGCAGGUGUUUGUUCAGAACGAGAUCCCAGAGUCGGAGGUAAAGAGCGAGCAGGACCAGCCGACUAAAGGACUAACUGAAAAAGAGAUCCUUAUCAACGCCUUCAUGUUUAUCCUCGGUGGCUACGACACGACCAGCACGACGCUUACUUACAUCCUUUAUAAUCUGGCCACAAACCCUGACGUACAGAAGACGUUGCAGAAUGAGAUCGAUGCCAACCUUCAGAAAGACGGUCCCAUCACGUACGAGGAGCUGACCGGUCUCCAGUACAUUGACCAUGUGAUCUUAGAGUCCAUGCGUUUGAUUCCCACUGCGCCUCGACUGGACAGAAUAUGCAAGAAAACGGUGCAAUUCCAUGGCUUCACCAUCCCAGAGGGAACCCCGGUAGGGAUUCCUGUGGAUGUGGUGCACAAAGAUCCACGAUUUUGGAAGUCUCCGGAGCUCUUCAGACCCGAGAGGUUCAGUAAAGACAGCGGGGAGGAGGUGAACCCGUACGCCUUCAUGCCGUUCGGGCUCGGCCCUCGCAACUGCGUGGGGAUGCGCUACGCCCUCAUCGUGAUGAAGAUGAUCCUCAUCCGUCUGCUGCAGCGUUACAACGUGGAAACCUGCAGAGAAACCAUUGUCCCGCUGCAGUUUGACUCCAGGUACAUGCCCAUCAAACCGGUCACACUGAAGUUUGCCUUGAGACAACCGUAGUUCAAGACGGGAGACCCAGAUGUGGAAGCCACAUUACUUUGCAACAAUUCUGUUAAGCUUACAAAUGCAUGAUUGAAAUCCAUUUAAAAUAAUAUCAUGUUAACAAUACUGUAUCGCUUCAUAUCAAUAAUACAUUAAAGCAAUGGUGGUGUCAAUAAUCAUGGGAAAGAGGUGCAAUUAUGAAGAGAUGAUUGUGUUUCCUGAUUAUGUAUUAUUGUUUAAAGGGGAAGUGAAAUUAGAUUAUCCUUCUUUUUUUGCAGUCUGUCAUUCAAUUGUAAGAAGUAAAAAAGUCAUAUUUUGCUGAUCAAACAGGUUUUCCUGCAAUAUUGAAUUAUCUCAUGCUUUUAUAACUUUCCCUUCCUGUUUUCAAUGCACUGUCUUGAAUGUUUGAUGGCACUGAAUCAAUGAUUUGACUCUAUGUGCGACUUUUAUCAGGUUAAAUGUACCCAAAUGCUCACCUGAAGGAAGUCCCGAUUUCUACUUAUUAGAAUUUACCAAGUCUGUUCACACAAGUCUGAAAUUUAUGAUGCAAUAAAUGUGACG